UUGCAGGUUUAGGCUCGUACAAGGUCAGUCCUAUCUCGAGAAAUGGCUGGAGUUGGCCUAGGAACACUAGCGUUCGAUGAAUAUGGACGCCCGUUCAUCAUCCUCAAGGAUCAAGACAGGCAAAAGCGGCUGACGGGCCUCGAGGCUCUCAAAUCACACAUCCUUGCUGCAAGAUCGGUGGCCAAUACAUUGCAUACCUCCUUGGGUCCAAAGGGACUUGACAAGAUCAUGGUAUCUGCAGAUGGUGAUGUGACUGUGACAAAUGAUGGUGCAACAAUUCUCAAAAUGAUGGAUGUUGAGCAUCAGAUUGCCAAGCUCAUGGUCCAGCUGUCGCAGUCACAGGAUGAUGAGAUUGGGGAUGGAACAACUGGCGUCGUAGGAAAUAUUACUAAUGUUGGCUUCUUUGACAAAGUACUUGCUGGAGCACUGUUGGAGCAUGCAGAGGAUCUUUUGGAUCGAGGAAUCCAUCCGAUGCGGAUUGCUGAUGGAUUUGAGUUGGCAGCCAAGAAAGCCACCCUUCAUCUGGAUGCUAUUGCUGAGACCUUCCCAGUUGACCCAAAUAAUCUGGAGCCACUCAUCCAGACUGCCUUGACAACUCUUGGGUCCAAGAUAGUGAAUCGAUGUCAUCGCCAGUUUGCAGAGAUAGCUGUGAAUGCAGUGAUGAGUGUGGCCAAUUUGGAGACAAGGGAUGUGAACUUUGAACUGAUCAAAAUUCAAGGAAAAGAAGGUGGAAAAUUGGAAGACACAAUGCUGGUCAAGGGAGUUGUCAUUGACAAGGACUUCUCGCAUCCACAAAUGCCCAAGGUGCUACGAGAUGUAAAGCUUGCCAUCCUGACUUGCCCAUUUGAGCCCCCAAAGCCAAAGACCAAGCAUAAGUUGGAUGUGACCAGUGUGGAAGAUUAUAAGGAACUGCGGAAGUAUGAACAAGACAAGUUUGAAGAAAUGCUGGAUAUGAUGAAGAAUGCUGGUGCAACACUGGCUAUUUGUCAAUGGGGCUUUGAUGAUGAAGCAAAUCAUCUGCUGCUGAGGAAGAACCUGCCUGCUGUUCGCUGGGUUGGGGGACCUGAGAUUGAGUUAAUUGCAAUAGCCACAGGUGGACGCAUUGUGCCCCGCUUUCAGGAACUAACUCCUGAGAAGUUGGGACGAGCAGGCUGUGUACGGGAGAUCUCGUUUGGAACAACUCGUGAUCAUAUGCUGGUGAUCGAGGACUGCCCCAACACAAAGGCUGUCACCAUUUUUAUUCGCGGUGGGAACAAGAUGAUAGUUGAAGAGGCCAAGCGCAGUCUCCACGAUGCUCUUUGUGUUGUCCGAAACCUUGUCCGGGACAACAAAGUGGUGUAUGGUGGAGGAGCAGCUGAGAUUUCAUGUGCCCUGGCUGUGGCACGUGAAGCAGAGCAGGAACCUCAUCUGGAGCAGUAUGCCCUGCGAGCAUUUGCAGAUGCACUUGAGAGCAUUCCUCUUGCCCUAGCUGAGAAUACUGGGCUUGCACCACUGGAAACUGUGACUGAAAUCAAGGCCAGGCAGCUUCGGGAGAAGAAUCCAGCUCUGGGCAUAGACUGCCUUGGAAAAGGAACAAAUGGUUAUCAGUUUGACAAUAAACAGUGUGACUCACCUCUCCUCAAUGGUGCUGCACUCUCUGCCACAUCACAGAUGGAAAACCGAGAAGCCUCCAAGGCACGACUAAAUGUCUUCCUCUCCUCUCACCAGACAAUGCGAGCUGCUGGAAGAAUGAGCUUGGCACGUUGGGCCUUUAAUGUGGGGCAGUGGAACCCCACAGCUGAUGUCUAUGCCCAUGCCCUCUCCUUGGUCCAAGAGGAAGAGCAAAGACGCUUGGCCAAGUUUAUGUUCCAGCGAGAUGUCAAAGCCUCCCUUAUUGGACGUCUCAUGGCCCGAAGGUGCAUCUGUCAGGCAUCUGGUUUCACCUGGUCUGAGUUCACUAUCCACCGUGAUGCCAGGAACAGGCCAUAUGUAAAAAAUGUCAACUUUGACUUCAAUGUGUCUCAUCAUGGUGACUGGGUUGUCCUUGCUGCUCAAAGACCAGGACCUAUAGGCAUUGAUGUGAUGAAAGUGGAGCAUCGAGAUGAUGCGUUUCUUCAUACUUUCAAGAGACAAUUUUCAGACCAAGAAUGGGUUUAUCUCACAAAUGAGAAAAAGGCUGAGGAGCAUCGGGGCUUUGUGGCAUUCUUUCGUAUUUGGUGUCUGAAGGAAGCUUAUUUGAAAGCAACUGGAACAGGCGGUAGCGCAUGGACCGCACGCAACUCGGAUUUUGAUCAGCAGCUUCACAUCGACUUAGGCGAGGUCAUGCAAGUUACCUCCAUCGUCACACAGGGCCGUCAAUACUCCUCUGAGUUUGUCAUGGAAUAUACCAUCAGCUAUGGCUACAAUGGCCUUGACUUCACAUACUACCAUGAUACAAAUGGAAAUGCCAAGGAGGACCUUCAUCAAUGGAUGGUAAUUCGCUUGGAGAAGAAGUCAGCCAUUGUUGCCAUAGCCACCCAGGGUGAUGCCCAUUGGUCUGCUUUCGUGUCAGAGUACUUCGUCCAAUACAGCACAAAUGGAGAUUCAUGGCAAACUUAUUAUCAGCCUGGCCUGGGACCUGAGAUGUUCAAGGGAAACAAGGACUCAAACAGCAUCACUGUGAAUGUUUUUGACCCACCUAUCAUUGCCCAGUGGGUGCGGAUCAAUCCAACAAGAUGGCGGGACCGCAUCUCCAUGCGGGUUGAACUCUAUGGUUGCCGCUAUGUGGCUGACACCAUGAACUUCAAUGGGAGUUCCUUGGUUGUGAGAAAAUUGGGAAGGUACCCAGUGGUAUCCAGCCAGGACACAAUUCGCUUUCGUUUCAAGACCAGUGAGAGUGAUGGUGUCCUGUUGUACUCUCGUGGGGCUCAGGGUGACUACAUUGCCCUUGAGAUGAUGCGGAACAAGUUGUACCUCAACAUUGACCUAGGUGCACAGCUGAAGACAUCCUUGUCAGUUGGAAGUCUUUUAGAUGAUGAUCACUGGCAUGAUGUAUUGAUUGAACGCUGGGGGAAGGUUGUGGAGUUCAGUGUGGAUCGGGUUGUUGUACGGGAGCAGGUCAAGGGUGAUUACAGUCAGUUGAACCUGGAUCGAGAGAUAUUGAUUGGGGGAGUACGUUACAAGGAAAAAGGUCUGACCAUGUGGAAGAACUUCACAGGGUGCAUUGAGAACUUCUUCAUCAACAAGACCAAUGUCAUACAGGCAGUGAAGACACGAGAAAGAGACUAUGAGGCUUACAGCACUCUCUUCUAUUGCCAGGAGACACAGAUCAUCCCAGUGACGUUCCUCACCAGUGGGUCACACCUGAAGCUGAAAGGUUAUGAGGGGAUCUUGACACUAAAUGUGUCACUAGACUUUCGCACAUAUGAACAGAAUGGACUGCUCAUUUAUCAUCGCAUGAUGAAUGUGGGCCACCUGAAGCUGUUCCUUAAGGAGGGCCGUAUCAUGGUGGAGGUGGUAGGGCCUGACAUGCCCAUGGUGGUAGUGGACAACUUCCAGGAGGUGUUUGCUGAUGGAGAAUGGCAUAGUGUGAUGCUAACCAUGAAGGAGAAUCUUCUUACCCUAAGUGUAGAUCAACGGCCCAUGCCAACUGUCCGUCGCAUGCAAGUCCAGACUGGUCCAUAUUAUUGGAUUGCUGGCGGUCUGAAAGAUGAGAAGGGCUUUAUUGGAUGUAUGCGAUACAUCAGUGUUGAUGGGAAUCUCCAGCAUCCCCUUAACUGGGGCAAUCAGGACAUGCGAGAGAAGCAGAGCAUUCUCCUGGAUGCAUGUCAAAUGAUGGAUCGGUGCACUCCAAAUCCAUGUGAAAAUAAUGGGCGCUGUGAGCAGACCUGGGAAUCCUUCUCUUGCAAUUGCGACUCCACUGGCUACACUGGGGCCGUCUGUCACAUCCCUGCCCACCCACACUCCUGCCAGGCUUGGCUCCAGUCCCACCAGGGUGCAAAACGGGCUUCCAUCACCAUUGAUGUUGAUGGCAGUGGCCCUCUUCAUCCUUUCCCUGUCACCUGCAUCUUUGAUGACACGGAGACACGCACUUUGGUCCACCACAAUCUAAAACCAGGAACCCUUGUGUCGGGGUUCUCACAGCCAGGCUCUUUUAUUCAAGAAAUAAACUAUGAGGCAGACAUGGAGCAGAUUGGGCACCUGGUGAAUAGAAGUGUCUCGUGUCAGCAGCGGAUACGCUUCGAAUGCAAGGGGGCAAAGCUGUUCAAUACACCAGUGCACCAGGGAGCUGAGACUUUCCGUCCCUCAUCAUGGUGGGUAUCCCGUGAGAACCAGAUCAUGGAUUACUGGGGUGAUUCCCUUCCUGGUUCUCACAAAUGUUCCUGUGGCCUCUACUCAUCUUGUACAGAUCCUUCCAAGUGGUGCAACUGUGAUGCUGGGCAGGAUGAGUGGAACAUGGAUGCUGGUUACCUCAAAUACAAGGAGCACUUGCCAGUACGGCAGCUACGGGUUGGGGACACUGACUUGAAGGGCAAGGAAGUCAAACUUACCUUGGGUCCUCUAGAGUGUACAGGGGACACCUUGUUUGACAACGUCAUCACCUUUCGCAUCAAGGAUGCCAACUUGGAGUUUCCUACCUUUGAAAUGGGUCUUAGUGGGGACAUUUACUUUGAGUUCAAGACCACCCAGGAAAAUGCUGUCUUCAUUCACAGCCAGGGACCUAGUGACUUCAUCAAAGUCAGCAUCAUUGGUGGAGAUCACAUCCAGUUUGAGUACUCAGCUGGAGGAGGUUCUCUUGGAGUUAAUGUAGAGACAGCAAAGAAACUAAACGAUGAUGAAUGGCAUUCAGUGCAUGUGGAGAGAAAUCGGCUUCAGGCUCGUGUUGUAGUCGAUGGUGCCUACACCGAAGAGGUCCAUGAAUCCAGGGGACCUGUGCGAGCCAUGCAUCUCACCUCAAAACUCUCAGUUGGUUCAGCAUUAGACUGGAGAGACGGGUACGUGGGCUGCAUGCGUGCCCUGAUGGUGAAUGGGAAGGUUAUGGACUUGAGAAGUCCUGCUGAGCGAGGGACAUAUGGUGUCGGUGUUGGCUGCGUUGGGAAGUGCCCUUCUGAUCCCUGCUUGAACAAUGGGACAUGCCAUGAAGGUUACGAUCACUACAUCUGUGACUGCCGCUGGACUGCCUUCAAGGGUCCUAUCUGUGCUGAUGAGAUUGGUGUGAACAUGAGAAAGCAGUUUAUGGUGAAGUUCACAUUUGAUGGGUCAUACAAGAGCACGAUUGCUGAAGACAUCCGGGUUGGGUUUACCACCACAGACCCCCAGGGAUUCCUUGUGGGCCUCUAUUCUCCUGACACCCUUGAGUACCUCACACUUAUGGUCUCCAACAGUGGACACCUGAGGCUGGUUUUUGACUUUGGGUUUGAGCGGCAGGAAUUCAUCUACCGAGAUCACAUCUUCAAUGCUGGCCAAUUCCAUGAUGUGGACAACUACCCACCAAUGAUUGAACACCUGAAAAUUGGUCGAUCUGCUGAUGCUCAGUUCAACAACAUCAAGUAUUUCUACAUAGGGAAGAAUGAGACAAUGCAGGAUGGGUUUGUGGGCUGCAUCUCCCGUGUACAGUUUGAUGACAUCUUCCCUCUCAAGCUCCUCUUCCAACAAGACCCACCAAAGAACAUCAAUGGGACCCCUGAGACAAUCCAUGAAGACUUUUGUGCCAUUGAGCCAGUGACUCAUCCCCCUGAAAUGGUGGAAACAAGACCCCCACCUUCUGUGGAUCCUAGCACUGUUCAAGAGUAUCUUCACACUGGGGACUCAGCCAUUCUCGGAGGAGUCCUGGCUUUGAUAUUUGUGGCCCUGGUGAUCAUGUUAGUUCUCAUUGGUCGUUCCCUGUCCCGUCACAAGGGGGCCUACCUCACACAGGAGGACUCGGGUGCACAGGGCGCUGAUGAUGCUGAUGAAGCUGUCAUUCACUCCCAUACUGGAUCCAGAGUCCAAAGGAAAAAGGAAUGUGAGGACGGGGGAGAAGGUCCAACGAUAGGAACAUCUGUUGUACCACCAGGCUGUGAUCCUCUUAGGACUCGUGGGUUCCUGUCACCAGAUACUGACUCUGAUGCCCUCAGCCUCGUCACUGCCAAAGAAGAUCUGACUCCAGUACCUGAUCUCGACACAAGUUCAUCACCAGAGAUGUGGACAGCAUCUGGUCGAACAUUGACUCAAUCUGGGUCUGAUGAAGCCAAGAUGAUCAGUGCUCGAUCUCAAUCAACCACAGCCUCAUUUCAAGCCAAGAUGAGGGAUCUUGACAUUGAUCUUCCCCAUCCUGAUGAGUAUCGACCUGAGACUGUGGAUUUCCCAGCAAGUCCAUAUGUCAUGAAGAAGAUGAUGGAAGAGCAGGAAUUGAAUGGUGCAGGACUUGAUGAGGAUGAAGAAACCUACAAGGCCAAUCUCACUUCAGGUCUCUCUGAUGUUCGACUCAGUCGAAGCCAAGGUAAACGAGACAGGAGUGCCAGUGAGAGGGAUGGACUGACAAAACGAAUAGAGUCCCUCCGUACCCGGGCACUGAGUUGGAACUACCGCAGGCCAAUCAAGAAGGAAACCUUGACAUUUGGUCUCCGUUCUCAAGUUGUACCUGUGCAGCCAAAGGCCAAACAAGUCCCAAGGGUUGAGCGCUUGCCAGCCUGGGUACAACUCCCACCCCCCAGACUCCUUCCUGCAACCAUGCCCCUCAGCAAGGGAAAACCAAUGGAAAUCAAGAAGACAAGUGCUUAUGGCUGUCAGAGGUUGGUCUUCGGUGAUGGUGACAGCACCACUCAUCCAGAGUCGUCCCCUGAUGACGAUGACGAUGAGGGAUUAGGCUCUUUCCAGUGGCCUGAUUUUGAAGAAGAAGAUGCAGAAAGCCCCUUACCAGACAUGGAAAAGUCAGAGAUCCUUGACUCAGCCUUCUUGUACAACAACCAAGCUGAAGAUGAAAUGUCCUUGCCAGAGAAGUUGAUGAUACACUGUCCAGCCUCAGAAGAAGAAUCUAAGGAUGAGAACAGCAGUGGAGAAAAGGAUGAGAGAUAUGAUAAAAAGGAAACCAGAAGUAUCAAACUAGAGGAGGAGGGUGAAGAAAACAAGGGGGUGGUAGCAAGUGAGAAUGGAAAAGAGAAGACUGAAGAGGCAGUUGAAGAAGAGGAAUUUGAGAUACAGUUAAAGAAUAAGGUCAAGGCCAAGAUGGAGGAAUUCAAGAAGUGGCAGCCACAUGAGAUCACCCUGGACCUUGCCAUGCAGUUGUGUUCCACUUUUGAUGUGCAGGAGCGCCACUUCAUUCUGAAGAAUUGGAGUCAUUAUUGCUCUUUCCUGGAUGAUGACAUACAACUCUACCUCCAGGCCUCUCUUCUCUGUGUGCGUAAAGAAACAAAAGAAGAUACUCAGGAAGAUAAACGAGAGUCAGGAGGAGAAAUCAAGAGGAAGGUGCUGCAAGUGGCUGAAGACUUUGACAUCUCUGCUGAUGAUACAACACUGGCAUCGGCGACGUUCGACGACGAUGAUGAUGACCUUCACACCCCUGAUGAGAUUGAGGAAUCAAUCAUGGAGAAGAUAAGUGAGAUGGAACUGACAGAAAUCCUGGACGAUGGAGAUGAUGGUGGAACUCCAACUCCAACAAACCAGAGCCCAAUUCCAACACUCCCAAGGGAAGUGGAAGUUGCUGAGGAACGGAACUGGAGAUCUGUGGUGGUUUCAGGGAUUGAGAAGCGCAUCGACAUGUGCGUCAUUGAACCGUACAAAAAAGUCCUCUCCCAUGGUGGAUACAUGAACAGUGAGCAUGGAGAUAAUCUUCAAGCCAUAAUUGUCUUCAGUGCAUGCUACCUCCCAGAUCGCAGCCGGCGGGAUUACAGCUAUGUCAUGGACAACCUAUUUCUGUAUUGCCUCACAACAUUGGAUGCACUGGUGGCAGAAGACUAUGUAUUAGUCUACCUCCAUGGAGGGACAGCUCAAAGCUGCAUCCCUGGCUUCUCAUGGUUAAAGCGCUGCUAUCAGAUGAUUGACCGACGCCUCCGCAAGAAUCUGAAGAAACUGUACCUUGUACACCCCACGUUCCUUGUUCGCAUCCUCAUCAAGACAGCAUCCCUCUUUGUGUCAUCCAAGUUCAGGCGGAAGAUUGCCUUUAUCAAGAGCUUGGAGGAGUUGGGCCAUACCAUCCCACUUGGUUCCAUUGUCAUUCCUCAACGGGUCCAACUGUGUGAUUCUACUAAGGGUUCAGUGCAGAAGCUUCUUCAUGAUUAUGUGAUGGACAAACAAAAAGAUUUCCUUUUCUGUGAUCGUAGAGCUGUCCUGCCCUGGGCUCACUUGGGAGACACCAUCCUUGCCCGACUUGCCCUUUCGAACAUGAAUGUAGCACUUGUGAAUGCAUUGAUGUGGCUGAAUGGCCAGGAAAUGGGAUGGGACCGGGUGUUUGUCUACGGGACGCUGAAGCGAGGAGAGCCGAAUCAUCACUGGCUGGACCAGAGCGACCGGGGGAAUUCGCGGUUCGUGGGAGUCGGUGACACCUGUACCCUGUUUCCUUUGGUCAUAGCAUCCCGGUACAACAUUCCGUAUCUCCUCGAUGCUCCCGGCACUGGGCAUGUGAGUUCCGUGGAGCCUCUUUCGGAUGCAUUGGGGAGUGGGCGCGGUAAAAAGUUGCGAAUUGACCAGCCAGUGCCUACCAUUCAGCACGUGAAGGGUGAAGUGUACGAAGUAGACGAGGAGAUGCUGGCCAAUUUGGACAUCCUGGAGGGGUAUCCAAAGCACUACAUCCGUCGCAAGGAACCCAUUCAGGUCACGGAUGGGGGAGUCCUGGAGUGCUGGGUGUAUCUCCUGGCAGAUUUCAAGGCAGGGAUGCUGGAUCUUCCAUUCCUGACUGACUAUGCAUCCUUGGGGUCUCACGGGAAGCCUUACGUGGAAAGGUACAUGCGGGCCUCCGACGUCUCUCCCAACGAUGUCAUGGAUGUCAAAGAAUCCUAG